UAAAGCGCGGUGUCGGGCUGGGCGGCACGCACUGCCAGGAUGAGGCUUCCCGGCUGGUUCUGGCUGAGCUCCGCCGUCCUCGCUGCCUGCCGAGCGGCGGAAGCGAACAACCUGACCGAGCGGCUGGAGGAUGCGAGCGUCCAGGCCGCCUGCCCCGUGCGGCUGGAGGGCAGCGGCAAGUGCGAGGGGAGCCAGUGCCCCUUCCAGCUCACCCUGCCCACGCUCACCCUCCAGCUCCCGCGCCAGUUCGGCAGCCUGGAGGAGGUGCUCAAGGAAGUGCAGACCCUCAAGGAAGCCGUGGAGAGUCUGAAGAAGUCCUGCCAGGACUGCAAGCUGCUGGCUGACGACCACGGAGAGGCUGGCUGGCAUGGAGAAACGACGGAGAAGGACAACCGGGUGGAGGAACUGGAGAGUCAGGUGAACAAGCUGUCCUUGGAGCUGAAGAACGCCAAGGAAGAGGUCCAGGAAAUGCACAGGCACCUGGAGAUGCUCCACGUCAUGAAUAAGAACAACAUCGAGAAUUACGUGGACGACAAAGUGGCAAAUCUAACCUUUGUAGUCAACAGUCUGGACGGCAAGUGUUCCAAGUGCUCCAGCCAAGAACAGUUCCAGUCACAGCCGGUUCAACAUCUAAUAUACAAAGACUGUUCUGAAUACUAUGCAAUAGGAAAAAGAAACAGUGGGACCUACAGAGUUACACCUGAUUCCAGAAACAGUAGCUUUGACGUAUACUGUGACAUGGAGACCGCGGGGGGAGGCUGGACUGUGCUACAGGCUCGCCUUGAUGGAAGCACCAAUUUCACCAGAGAAUGGAAGGACUAUAAAGCAGGCUUUGGAAACCUUGAGCGAGAAUUUUGGCUGGGAAAUGAUAAAAUUCACCUUUUGUCCAAGAGUAAAGAAAUGGCUUUGAGAAUAGAUCUUGAAGACUUUAACGGUCUCGCACUGUAUGCCUUGUAUGAUCAUUUUUACGUGGCUAAUGAGUUUCUCAAAUACCGAUUGCAUAUCGGUGAAUAUAAUGGCACAGCGGGGGAUGCCCUGCGUUUCAGUAGACAUUACAACCAUGACCUGAAGUUUUUCACCACUCCAGACAGAGACAAUGACCGGUAUCCCUCUGGGAACUGUGGGCUCUAUUACAGCUCAGGCUGGUGGUUCGAUGCAUGUCUCUCUGCAAACUUAAAUGGCAAAUAUUAUCACCAGAAAUACAGAGGUGUCCGUAAUGGGAUUUUCUGGGGCACCUGGCCUGGUAUAAGCCAGUCCCAGCCUGGUGGGUACAAGUCCUCUUUCAAGCAGGCCAAGAUGAUGAUUAGACCCAAGAAUUUCAAGUCAUAACUUGUUAGUGCUUACCUCUGCGAGCAUCCACUAUGUAAGAGAACGAGUUCCUGAAGCCCUUCUCCUUAUGCCUGAGUUUAUGUUUCUUUCCUAUGGGUAAACAUUUCCUUUUAAGCUUUACAGCUUUUUAAAAUAAAGCUGAAAACAUCUUAAAAAAAAAAAAAAAAAAGGACUCCCUUGUUGCUAUUACACAAGGAAUGCUUGAGGCACUGGAAAUAUUGACAAUUAGACAUUACAUUAGAAAAUGCUUUAUUUUUGUAGUGGAAAAGUUUCCUACUAUUUUUAUUAAAUUUUACAAUUAAAAAACUAAAUUAUUCAGUAAGCUGAAUUCUAAUAUAAGCAACUUUUAUUUUCACUAGGGCUAUCGAGAGCCAACAACUGUGGUGUUUUCUUUGGGCCAGGAAGAACUUAAAGCAUUUUCAAAAAAAAAAAAAAAAAAAAAAAAAUGAGGAGUACAAAAUAUGUGUAGCUAAACUUACUCAUGCAGUGUAAAAUACGGCCUUAAAAUACCUUCCAAUGUGGUAGCAUAGUGGGUCUCUUUCCCCUCCAAACUGGAAAGUAAUGUAACCCCAAAGACUCUGGUUUAGUGGUGAUGAAUUCAUUCAUUGUUUAUUGCCUGUUAGACCCCUGAUGUGAAACUUGCUUUAUCAUCUCCCUCUGCUCUAAUAUGCAAAAUACUUUUUAACAUAAGGUGCUAGACUACUGUAAAGCCUCCUUGGGGAAAGGCAUGGUAGGGAAAAAGCAUUUAUUUAUAUUUUGAAAGCCAGUCCUAUAGCCAGAGCAAUAUUAUUGUUGAGGAGCCAACUUCCUAGGAGGUUGACUUUUCCAGAAUAAAUUUAUUUAUUAAGAUGGAUUUUGAAAUAAUAGUUCAAAUAUUAUACAUUUUAAUCCUAAAUUGUCAUUGCUUGUAUUUCAUCCUCAGAAGUUCAAAGAAAAAAAUAUAUAAAAUUUUUUUCAGACUUGUCUACUUAUAUGUUCAAAUAUGUACCCAUUGUAAAAAAUUAUUUAAAAGGGGUAAGAUAGUAUUUUAAAAAUAUGAAACAUGAUGUUUUUGUUUUCAGGUAAAUAGAAUGACCAUUAAGCUAUUAUUAAUAUAAUUAAAUUACCAGAGUAAGGUAAACACAUGCUGAAUUAAAUGACCAAAGCGUAAAAUGUAGAUUUCAAAGGUUGUUUACCUACUUAUAGGAUAGUGAAUGUAAGUGGCAUAAUUAAUUUUAUUUCUUUUAUGAUUUUUAAAAAAGACUAAGAAGGUUUUGAUAUUAUACAAUAAAUGUGUUUUAAAUCUAGUUUACUGUAUGUAACCUAUAAGUCUAAGAACAUUUCAGUCAUGAAAAUAGACUUAUAGCAAACAAAAAAAAAAAACCUGUCACUCAUGUUUAGUGUGUCUUUUUCAGAAGAAACUGAUGAAAAACAAUGAAUCCAUGUGAAUACUCUAUCUUUGCACAUUUAAUGAAUCAAAAUAUUUUUUAAUUAUAUUCGUAUGAUGUUUUCUAAUGAACUCUUUAACACAGAAAUUUAUUUUUGGAAUCAUUUUCUGUCACUCAUUUUAAAAUAUAUUUUAGACUUUGAUAAACUUUAACCUGUUUAUUGAAAUAGUUCUUUGCCUUAACUAUUCACUAAUAUAUGCCAAUGCCCACAAAUGUACACUAUUUUCAAAUAUAUAUAUUUUUAGAAUCUUGAUUUCAUUUGGGUGGCUAACAUUGAUCUUAAUUAUUACUCUACUGCUGAACAUUAUCCUUUAAAAACAUUGAGGAAACUGAUUUCUUAAGAAUUUAGUUAACUGAACUAUCACUAAAUGAGAAAGUGAUUUUGCUGAAAAGUAGUAAUGUGUCAAAUGUAUCCAUGUAUCUGAUAAAUUGAGCUUGUAUAUGCAAAGGAUAAGAAGCAUUUGAAUCACAGUACUGUCUGGUCCUUGAUUUUCAAUGGCUUCCCCUCACCCCUCAAAAUGUUUUAAAGAUAGAAUAGAUAUAUGUAAUUACAAUAAACUCUUGCUUAAAAAUGUA